GUUUGUAAGAGUAAUUAAUGUAACCUAUAAUUCCGUCAGCAUUAAACCUUAGAGUAUUUCAACGUAUUAGUGGAUACUGAAAACAUAGUUUCUUGAAUUCAGCGGGAACAAUGAAUACAGAUACAAAAUUAUGUCAAGGCAAAGAUAUUUUCGAAAGAAUGAAUUAUCUGUAUCAGGUAAGCUACCUAAUGGCGUUAAAAAAUAGAGUUGCAGCAUCGUAUUACGGCAAUACAAUGCUAGGAUGUGCGAAGAAAUCCGUUUUACGAAUGGAAUCGGAUAUAAAAAAAACAAUUUGCAAGUGCUGUCAAUGUCCUCUUAUACCUGGUGAAACGGCAAAAGUACGGUUAGUGUCGAAACCAUUAAAGGGUGUGAAAUGGACAUGCUUGGCUUGUCUAAGUGUUAAGAAGUAUCCUACAAGAAGAGGCUAUAAAUUAUGGGCUGAACAGCAUAAUUCAAUAGUCCAAACUUUCAAUUAUGUAUCAAAAACGAAAGAUGGAGAUCGCAACUCGAAGGAAGACAGGCAUCUAGAUAAGGAUAAGGGCACAAGUACAGAACCAGAGCAGACAUCUGUGAUGUCCAUAAACUUUGAACCUACCGGACUGCGUCAUAAUGCAGAAGCAGGAAUAGCAUGUCGAGGUGGUCGAAGAAGACGACCAAACGAUGAUGGUAACAAUGGUGGAAAUAAUGGAGGUAGUGGAUCAAACAAUACUGAAUCAGGGACUGGAGGAACUGGACAAAGAUAAUCAGGUGUUGGGACAAAGAUGAUUAAGAAAAAAUAUAUUUAACAUAAUGAAAUAAAAUAAUUAAGAAAUUACAAAGAAUACUUUGUGUAAUUAUAUCUUUAUGCAAUAACAAAGCUGUUUUAUUUUUCCAUAUUUUAUUUCUGUGAAUGUCAGUAAUCCUUUUAAUAAUUAAUAUAUAAUUGUCUCAUCAGUUACACAGUAUAACGAAUUCGCACAAUAUCUAUAUUUCCAUACAUUACACACCUACAAUUGUUCUAAUAUUUCAUAAGUAUUUCUUGCAUAACAAAUUAGAAACGUAUUAAAACUAACGAAGAAUAACGAAUAAAAACAAAAAUAUAUGUACA